UCGAAAUUGGACUCCUUCAGAUCUUGAUCUUCGUCUCCAUCCCUCUCUCGCGGGACCCCUAGAAUCAGAUCGGCGAUUGGAUUUUGCAUGUUUUUGAAUCGAAUGAGAUAUUGAUUGACAAUUGAAUUGGGGAUAUUGUGGACUCGGUCGAUUGGAGGACGAGUUAUGUCCGGGAAGGGUGACUCGGCGGUGUCGAUUUCGGUCCCGUACCGGAAUCUGAGGAAGGAGAUUGAGUUGGAGAUGGUGACCCAUCACCAGACCGGACCGUCUUCCUCCGUUUCGUCGUCUUCCUCUUCUCCUCAUCAACGGUCGGAUCAUCCAAAUCAGUCAGAUGUGGAAACUGCGGCGCAAAAUUGUAGUUUAGCGACUCUGAUCCUCAGUUGUACGGUCGCCGCUGGUGUUCAGUUUGGUUGGGCAUUGCAGCUCUCUCUUCUCACUCCUUACAUCCAGACACUUGGAAUAGAGCAUGCUUUUUCUUCGUUCAUAUGGCUUUGCGGUCCAAUUACCGGCCUUGUGGUCCAACCUUGUGUGGGCAUUUGGAGUGAUAAAUGCUGUUCCAAGUAUGGAAGAAGACGCCCAUUUAUUCUUGUUGGAUCACUCAUGAUCUCAGUAGCUGUGAUAAUAAUCGGGUUUUCUGCAGACAUCGGAUAUCUAUUAGGGGACACAAAGGAAUCUUGCAGCAAUUUCAAAGGCACACGGACAAGGGCAGCUUUUGUCUUUGUCAUUGGGUUUUGGAUGUUGGAUCUUGCGAACAAUACAGUGCAGGGACCAGCUCGUGCCCUUUUAGCAGAUUUAUCAGGUCCUGAUCAGCGGAAUUCUGCAAAUGCUGUGUUUUGCUCAUGGAUGGCCGUUGGAAACAUUCUUGGGUUUUCUGCCGGUGCUAGUGGACAUUGGCAUGAAUGGUUUCCAUUCCUUAAGAGUAGAGCUUGCUGUGAAGUUUGUGGAAAUCUGAAAGCAGCAUUUCUUCUUGCAGUGGUGUUCCUUACUGUAUGUACUCUUGUGACUCUCUAUUUUGCUAAAGAGAUUCCGCUAACAAGCAAUAAGCCCAACCGCUUACCAGAUUCUGCUCCUUUGUUGGAUGAUCUCCAACCUAACGGGCUUGUGCGCUCAAAUUCGAAGCAUGGUACGGCCAAUGGAAUCAAAUAUGAGAGUGCACCGGAACAUGAUAUGGAUGUCAGGCUUGGCAAGUCAAAGACUGAGCAUCAGAAUGAGACUUUUGACGGCCCUGGAGCUGUUCUGGUGAAUUUAUUAACCAGUUUAAGACAUUUACCUCCUGCAAUGCAUUCUGUCCUUAUCGUCAUGGCUCUUACAUGGUUAUCCUGGUUCCCCUUUUUUCUAUUCGACACUGAUUGGAUGGGGAAAGAAGUUUACCAUGGGAAUCCGAAAGGAGAUUCUCUUGAAGUGGAACUCUAUGAUCAGGGCGUUCGCGAAGGUGCAUUUGGUUUGCUACUAAAUUCUGUGGUUCUUGGGAUUAGCUCGUUCUUUAUCGAGCCAAUGUGUCAGCGGAUGGGUGCAAGGGUUGUCUGGGCACUGAGUAAUUUUACAGUGUUUGUGUGCAUGGCAGGCACAGCUAUCAUUAGCUUGAUGUCUCUCAGAGACUACUCUAAAGGAAUUGAACACAUAAUAGAAGGAAAUGAGACAACCAGAACUGCGGCUGUUAUUGUCUUUGCACUUCUUGGUUUUCCUCUUGCUAUCACAUAUAGCGUCCCUUUCUCAGUCACGGCAGAGGUCACUGCUGGCUCGGGUGGCGGCCAAGGACUGGCUAUCGGAGUAUUGAAUCUUGCAAUCGUUAUCCCACAGAAUGCUUGUGUCGUGUGUGUGUAUAUAUAUAUGGGUGUGGUUUCAUUCAGAUGGUGGUAUCUCUUGGGGCGGGUCCAUGGGAUGCACUAUUCGGGGGAGGAAACCUACCGGCGUUCGUCUUGGCCUCUAUUGCUGCCUUUGCAGCCGGAAUCAUCGCCAUGCGUAAGCUGCCCGAUCUCUCCACUUCCUUCAAGUCCUCUGGCUUCCAUUUCGGUUAAUACACGAACAGACAGCUCGGUUUACAAGUAAUAGAAUGGAGACGUCCACAUAUAGCAACGAUGAGGUGGUUCGGCAUAUUCAGGUUAUAAGAUUUGAGAUUGGUUUUGAUUCUUUGUCCUCCUCCUCUCCCCACAUGUGUUUAUUAUUUCAAAGCUUUAGGUUUUUUUUAAUUAAUGUAUAUCUUUAGCUUUUGUAAUAACCGAGAUAGGUGAACUUGUGCUGACUGCUGAUCCUUUUAUACCAAAGUUUUGAAUUUUUCGGUUUA